CCAAACUGUACACCUACCUAUAAAUAAUGUUAGAGCCAAUUCAGCAGAAGCAUUGAUUGGAGAUAUUUUGAUGCCAUGGCUGUCUUAGGUCUAGUUCUCUUUUCUUGUUUAGCCCUUUCAUUGCCACAAUUCUGUUGCUCCAAAACUCAUACUAGUUUAGCAAAGGGUUCUUCCCUGACUACUCAAGAUGUUCUAAUUUCAAGCCCAGAUCCUACUUUCACGGCUGGCUUUUUCAGCGUUGGUGGAAAUGCUUAUUGCUUCGCUAUAUGGUAUACAGAUGCACAUGAUGGUAACUAUACCACAGUUUGGAUGGCCAAUCGAGACCAGCCGGUAAAUGGAAAACAUACUAAGUUUUUCCUGCAAGAUUCUGGUAAUCUGCUGUUGACAGAUGCAGGGCAGCUUAUUGUCUGGAAAAGCAAUACAAGAUCAAAUUCGUCGUUACGGUUGGAACUUCGGGAAAAUGGUAACCUGGUUUUAAGUACUUUUGAGGGUGAAAAUCUUUGGCAAAGUUUUGAUUUUCCUACCGACACACUCCUUCCUGGGCAAUUAUUCACAAGAAACACGAUUCUUGUCUCUUGCAGGAGCACAACGAAUCACUCUUCUGGCUUUUAUAAGUUAUACUUUGAUGGAGAUGGUAUUCUUCGUCUUAGAUACGAAGGUCCUGAAAUAACUAGUGUCUACUGGCCCAACACUUGGAUAACCAUUGGGAGUGCUGGGAGGACUUCUUCAAACAGUAGUAAGAUUGCGGUUUUAGAUUCAUCAGGCUACUUCCAGUCAUCGGAUCUGUUGCAAUUUAAUACCAAUGAUUAUGGCAUUGGACCCCAGAGAAGAAUGGUUCUUGAUGUUGAUGGGGACCUUCGAGUUUAUAGCCGAGAUAAGCAGAGUCGGAGUUGGCAAGUUACAUGGCAACACAGUUCUGAACCAUGCAGGAUCCAUGGGAUUUGUGGGGCCAAUAGUUUAUGCAUCAAUGAUCCUGAGAUUGGCAGAAGAUGCACUUGUCUUCCCGGAUACAAGAUGAAAAAUCGAACGGAUUGGACUUAUGGCUGUGAACCAGAUUUCCAUCUCUCUUGCAAUGAUGAAAGUGCUUCAGGUUUCCUCCAACUCCUUCAUGUGGAAUUUUAUGGCUUUGAUCUUACCUUAAUUCCCAACAUCUCCUUUGAGGCAUGUAAAAAUGAAUGUCUAAAAUAUUGCGAGUGUAAAGGUGUUCAAUACAAAUUCAACAUAGACAUUGGCUACUAUCAAUGUUACCCAAAGACUAUUUUAUUCAAUGGAUAUCGUUCACAGAAUUUUCCAGAUCCCAUGUUCAUAAGAUUGCCCAAAGUUGAUCUAACCACAGUCGAAAAUCCCAACCAAGACGUCAAUUUGCAGUGCGCUAGUGUUGUCACGCCCUUAUACAGGACGUACAAAAGAAAGAAACAAGAUUGGAUGAAGCCUUAUCUAUGGUGUACAUUGGGAGUAGGGUCUUUUGAGAUCAUCUGUGCACUUGCUUACUUGUUCAAAACUCGAAAGCACUCGGAUUCAAGAAUACAAGGUUACUUGCAGGUUGCAACUGGAUUCAGAAAAUUCAGUUAUGCUGAGCUUAAGAAGGCAUCACGAAAUUUCACUGAAGAAAUUGGAAGAGGAGGGGGAGGUGUUGUAUAUGGAGGUAUCCUGUCAGAUAAUCGAGUUGCCGCAAUCAAGUAUCUCAAGGAAGCCAUACAGGGAGAAGCUGAGUUCCUUGCAGAGAUAGGCACAAUAGGCAGGCUGAAUCACAUGAACUUGAUAGAAAUGUGGGGAUACUGUGCGGAGGGGAAGCAUAGACUUUUGGUUUAUGAAUAUAUGGAGAAUGGGACUCUGGCCAAAAAUCUGUACUCUAACAAACUUGAUUGGAGGAAAAGAUAUGAAAUUGCUCUAGGUACAGCUAGAGGACUUGCUUAUUUGCAUGAAGAGUGCUUAGAGUGGGUUUUGCACUGUGAUGUGAAGCCUCAGAACAUACUUUUGGACUCCAAUUAUCAUCCAAAGGUAGCAGAUUUUGGGCUUUCUAAGCUAUUGACUAGAAGUGGCAUCAACACUUCAAGCUUCUCCAGAAUAAGGGGAACUAGAGGGUAUAUGGCGCCUGAGUGGAUUUUCAAUUUGCCCAUAACUUCCAAAGUUGAUGUUUAUAGUUAUGGAAUUGUUCUGUUGGAACUGAUAACAGGAAGAAACCCCUCAGGUGGAAAUGGAAAUGAUGACAGCAAUUCAGUGGAGCCAAGGAGACUUAUCAGUUGGGUGAAGGAGAAAACGCGGGAAGCUGAUGUAAGAGAAUCACCAAUACCAAUCAUGGAAAUUGUAGACCCUACCAUGAACGGAGAGUUUGACAUUGACAGGAUGAAAAUCCUGGUUAAAGUGGCUCUGAAAUGCACAGAGGAGGACAUAGAUGCAAGACCUACAAUGAGACAGGUGGUGGACAUUCUACUUCAUCAAGAAAGUGUGUAAGAAUAAGUCUAGUUGCUCAAAGUUGAUGCGGACGACAUUUUUUUGCAUCUUAUUUUAUCUCUAGCUAAUCUUGUUAGGAAUUUUCGUCCUACAAAGCUCACGCAUGAUUUAUCCGACUUUUUGUGUAGAAUUCACUAUACUUCUUUUCUCUUCAGUUAGUAGUUUCUUGGAUAA